AUGGAAAAUUUUUUCAAUUAUUGUUUAGUUUCUUUUUCGGUUGUUAUUAUAUUGACGAUAGUAAAUGUUUUAAAGCAUUAUUUUUCCAGGCCGAGAAAUUUUCCUCCGGGUCCUUCGGGCCUGCCUUUUGUAGGUUAUUUGCCUUUUCUUGGUAAAGAAGCGCAUACGAGACUUCAUAAACUUCGCUUAAAAUACGGUGAAAUUUUCAGUGUUCUCCUUGGAAGCAAGAGAAUAGUAGUAUUAUCAAGUUAUGACGUGAUGAGAGAAGCGUAUAGUAAGCCAGCCUUACUUGGUCGCCCUCCAAUAAGUGCUUUUGAUCGCUUCUUUAAAGUUACAGGUCUAGGAAUAUCCAGCGGAGAAGAAUGGGUCGAAAAUCGCCGAUUUUUUGUCGAAAACGUGAGAAUACUUAAGGAAAGAUAUGACUUUGCAAUUGAGGAAGAAAUACGGCUGCUGUUACAAGCAUUGGCUCAGGGUGAAGAGUGUCCGUUGAACACCCACCAGCUUAUAUUAUCCAGCACAAGUAAUGUUAUCUGUAGUUUUGUACUUGGCGUAAGAUUAGAUUAUCAUCAUGCUAUAAGGGAAAGUAUAAAUGAAUUAGUUGAAAUACACUCAAAAUAUAUGGGCAUGAUAUCUUAUAGUCUAUUUAUCCCUUGGAUUAAAUUUUUACAUCUUGUUUCUCACGGAAUGAAUCGUCCUUUCAUAAAGAAAAUGGCAGCGGGUUAUGAAAAAGUAAUUGAAUUCUUUCAAAUUCCUUUUAAAGAAUACAAUAAUAAAAAUAUUAAGACACUUUCGGAAGCUUAUAUCUGUGAAUUAGAGAAAAGCAAGAAUAGUCUUGGGUCACCCUAUACCGUUCUAGGUUAUGUCGGUAAUAUGGGCACAGUAUUAGCAUCUGGGUUCAAUACUAUAUCUUCGUCGUUAUCGUGGAUAAUAUUAGCAUUAGCGACAUAUCCCAAAAUUCAGAGAAAAGUACAGGAAGAAAUAGAUGUAGUGUUUGGUACUGAACACCCAGUUUGGGAGGAUAGACUACGUUUACCUUAUACUCAAGCAGUUAUCAUGGAAGCAGGAAGAUGGAGGACAGUAUCACCCCUUUCUGUUUUUAAGAUAGUACAUUGCAAAAUUCGAGAGUUUACAAUACCUAAAGGAACAAUUGUACUCCUAAAUAUUUGGAGCAUUCACCACGAUCCAACAUACUGGGAUAAUCCGGAAGAAUUUAUACCAGAAAGAUUUCUAACAGAGGACGGUUCACGUAUCAAGAAGUUGAAAUCUUUCUCGCCAUUUUCCUACGGUAAACGUUCCUGUCCGGCAGAAGGAAUCGCUUAUAAAGAAAUUUUCUUAUUUUUGACUUCAAUCCUUCAGAAGUUCCAAGUUGUUUGGCCUAAACCUACAACCCCGGAUUUAGAAGGAGUAACGGGAGGAGGAAUCACUUUAAUGCCUAAACCUUAUCAGUUAACUUUUGUACGUCGGAAAUAA